AUGCCAAGUGUGUUAUUUCAAUCUGAUGUUCCUCAUUGUGUCCGUGUCUUUUCGUAUCGUCAUGGUCCCACGGCCCUUUCCAUCGCGGAUUGUGAAAAACAACAACAGCUAGAUCGUGAUUUAUGGUUUCCUGGUGACUUGGCCGCUCGUAAUUGCCUAGUUGGUUCCCAGCACACGAUCAAAGUCGCGGACUUCGGGUUGGCUCGAUGCAUGGAACGAGAUUUGACCUAUCGAGCGCACGAGGGUGCGAAAUUUCCCAUCAAAUGGACCGCUCCCGAAGGUUUGGUUUACAAUCUGUUCUCCACCAAAUCAGAUGUUUGGGCGUUCGGGGUACUAUUAUGGGAGAUUGCAACAUAUGGGAAAACACCGUAUCCCGGCAUUGAGUUACAAGAUGUUUAUGUUUUUCUAGAACGAGGUAGUCGAAUGGAACAACCCCAGGGCUGUCCGGAGCCGAUAUACAAAAUUAUGCUUCAAUGUUGGCAAUGGCAUCCAGAACAACGACCGACAUUCAAUCAAAUCCGCACUCAGUUAGAAGCGAUGCAUACAAGUGCCAGCAUUGAAGAACAAGUCGCUCAGGAAUUGGCUCGGGCUCAAAUGGAAGGCGGUCGCACGAGGCCAUCUACGCAAACUGNNNCAAGUCAAAUCAUCCGUGUCCCAUCCUCCUCUUCCGCCAAGACCUCCACCUCCCCGCAGAAGCACAAGCUGCGAUCGAUUUUUGAACGAAACUGA